AUGGAAGAAAAGUUGGAUUUCUUCAGUGAAGUGGAUAUGAUGAAAUGUUUCAAACAUGAAAACAUUGUUCUACUGUUGGGAGUAUGCACCCGAAAGGAACCCAUCUAUGCUGUUAUGGAGUUUUUGCUGCAUGGUGACUUAAAGACUUACCUGCUAUCUCGUCGGAGCCUGGUUGGCCAAGGGGUGAAAGAGGCAGAGGAUGUCAAGGCUGAGAACUUAACACAGAUGGCAGUAGAUGUUGCUCAGGGAUUAAGUUACCUGCACUGCCUCAAAUAUGUACACCGAGAUUUGGCUUGUCGGAACUGUCUAGUUCACGCCAACAAGACUGUCAAGAUUGGAGACUUUGGAAUGACUAGGCACGUCUCAAGUGUGGAUUAUUACAGAUUUAGUCGUAAAGGGAUGUUACCUGUUCGAUGGACAGCACCUGAAGCUCUCAAAGACGGCAUUUACUCGGCAAAGUCAGAUAUUUGGUCGUACGGAGUGCUGGUUUUUGAGAUCGUCACGUUUGGCAGUUUUCCCUACCAGGGUCUAUCCAACAAAGAGGUCAUCGACUAUGUGUCCAAAGGGAACCAGCUUAUGUUGCCCGACAAGUGUCCUGGUGCUCUAAAAUCCUUUAUCCACUGGUGCAUGUCCGUGGACCCUGGAUACCGGCCGGACCUGGAUGAUAUUCUGAGCUAUCUCAACUACAGCCCAGCAUUCCUGACCCCAUGCCUGGAUGUCCCAACCACAAGUGUGGUACACGAGGACACAGAUUCUCUUGAGAUACGUUUGCCGGUUUCAGCCAGUCAGAACACAGCCGCACCUGGUCCACCGAUAUCACUCCAUCACUCCAGUCAAAGAAACCACGGCUGGCAAGGAAAACUCAAGUACAAACGGAAAACAUUCUCUGUGCCAGGUUUAGUUUCUUUUGGAAAGUCUUCAAAAUCAUCUUUGGUCAAUCGGUCACCAGUUUCCUUGUCACGAUCCUCUUCACUGUGCUCGGCUACUUUGCAUAGCAGCAGCUUGUGUGGGCUUCCCUCCUGUGGUAUCAGAGGUGGUUGGGGGCUGGGCGAGUCUUUAGAUGAAGGCAUUGAUGAUCGGGGUGACCGACUGAAGAAUGAAAUCAUGGGUUUGAAAGAGCAUGAGACUCCUAAACCAGACAGGAAGAGUGAGAGAAGGGAGGUGAUUUGUAACGUGGAGAUUGAUGUUCAUAAUGUGGAGCACAGAGCUUCCAUAGAGUUUGAUCAUAUAAGAUAUUCUAGCACCGCUGGAAGUGACAAGGGGGAAUUGAGUAGUGGGUAUGUCAGCCAGAACUCCAAAGGAGAGUCUAAACAGAUCUGCCAGACUGUUACAUCUUUAUGA